UCGAAAGAUGGUGUGAUGUCUGUCAAAAUUUUUCAUUAAAUACCUACCAGUCGAGCCAGAAAAUUACCACAAUAAAUUACGACUGAAAACUACAUUAAUCAACAAUUCUUGCAGUAGCGUCUUGAAGAGUGAUUUGUUUUAUUUUAGAAGACCGAUUUCUGGAAUUGAGUGCUUUUCGUUUGACAACUGUUUUUAUCUUAUUGGAAAAGGAACAAACAAAAUGACGCCCAACAUUCAGACGUUCAUUAAUAGCUUUCAAAAUAGACUGUAAGUAUUAUUAUAAUAUAGUCGUUUUAGAUAAUACGAAAAAAGUGGUCUACUUAGUUGCUUUAUAGUUACGGGAAGUAUAAAUUUUAGUGACAAUGGCGAGGUCAGCAAAUGUACACACUACCAUUUGUUCUAGACGUAUCUAUUACGUUGCCAAUUGAGACUAAUAAUUUGUUCUGUUGUAGUUUUAAAUUAUGACACACACUGGCUUGUGCAUUCAAUAUACUUAGUUGAUACAAAUUAUUACAUCACUUUCCAAUCCACACCCUUUAUUUGAGCUGGUGUAAUCAUUUAAUCUUUGAUUUUUAUCUACAUAUUGGGAUUAAUUAUAAUAUGGAACCUCCAGUACGUCAACAUCUUAAAAAUGUGUAUGGUACACUUAUGAUGACUUGUGCAUCAGCUACGGCUGGAGUCUAUGUGGAUAUGUUCACACGUUUCCAAGCUGGAUUUCUGUCUACUAUCAUUGGAGCUGGUUUGAUGCUCAUGCUCAUUGCAACCCCAGAUAAUGGAAAAAAUACAAAUCUCAGGUUGGGAUAUCUCUUAGGAUUUGGCUUAACAUCAGGGAUGAGCAUGGGCCCCUUACUAGAAUAUGUUAGUGUUGUUGAUCCAUCAAUAAUAGUAACUGCUCUGUUGGGCACAACACUGGUCUUUGUAUGCUUCUCCAUAGCAGCAAUGCUAGCAGAACGUGGCAGUUGGUUAUUCCUUGGUGGUACAUUGAUGACUCUACUGACAUCAAUGUCUUUGAUGACUUUGGUGAAUUUGUUCAUGCAAUCACACUUUCUGUAUCAAGCUCAUCUUUAUCUCGGACUUAUGCUUAUGUGUGGUUUUGUACUCUUUGACACACAACUUAUCAUAGAGAAGCGCCGAAUGGGUAGCAAGGACUUUGUUCAACAUGCUCUAGAAUUAUUCAUUGAUUUCAUUGGCAUGUUCAGGAGGCUAGUCAUCAUUUUAACACAAAAGGAGGAACAAAAUCGUCGCCGCAAGCGUGACUAAACAAAAGUUUGGCAGGGCAAAAAAAUAAUCGAUUUAUAUACAAGUAUUCUAUUUCUGCAGUGAUGAUAAUAAAAAUUAUAAGUUGAAUUAUUUAAAUCUUUAAGUUGGAAUUGAUUACAAUAAAGUGUCAAGGGUUG